AUGAUGGAAGAUAAUAUUGAGAAAGACGUAACUCUCAAGAUGAAAAAAAGAGUGUCUCGGGAUUCUUCUCUACUGAAACGAAUCGCCGUGUCGGUGAUUCAUCCAGUUCACAUCAUAGUUCCAUUACCGCUCGAAGAUGAUACAGAAGAACUCAAGAACCCCUUUGGACUUACCAUUCUAAAGGUUAGACCUGUUAUUGAUCUCGCGCUAGACGAUGCCUAUAGGAAAUUUCAAUAUGUGCCACCGGAUUCCAUGGCUGUCACCUAUCGAGACAGUCGACUCUCCGACGCGCACGGUCCCAACGUAGCUAUUCAGCAAUUGGUUAAGAAUCGUUUGGAUUGCAUAAUCGGGUACGCAUUUGUUUACGCUCUCGCUCCAGGCAUUCCUGUGAUUUCUCCCAUUGGUUUGACAAUGAACCUCGACGACAAAACAGAGUAUCAAACAUUAACCAGAAUUAGUGGACCGUACAAGGUAGUGGCUCAAAGUGUAGUGGCGCUUUUUCGAUAUCAUAACUGGGCUCGGCAUGUGUUUCUUUUUCAUCAUGUGAAAGGAUCAGCGGCAGCCGUGGGCGAGUGCUUUCUUCUGAUGGCUAGCAUCCAAAUUAUCAACAUGGAGCAUAAUUUCUUCACUUUCAAUCAAAACGAGCAUGUCAAUCGUAAUUUAUACAAGAACUACCUUAUGCAGUCUAGUUUCUUAGAAAAA